GGAAAAGUAUAAAAGUGAGUCUGUCAAGAUGUGUGAUGAUGGCAUUCAUGUAGGGUACAGUGUGGCAUUGGGGAAGCAGCUUGGAGUGGUCAACCCAUGAAGGCACAUGAGGAAGGAGCCACAGAACUGAGACUGAUGGUGGCACGAGAGGGUGGAGGGCAGCUGUGUGUAGGGAGACCCCGGGCCCUGCAGAGGGCCAGCAGAGGUGCAUUUGUUGAGCUGGGUUGUCGGCACAGGGAUGGUCCCUCUGUGAGGCUGACUUCAGCUACAUGAAUGUUCUGGGUGGUGUUGGGAGCACUUUUCCUUUACCAGACGUGAGCCUGCAAACAGCCAUGUAGAACCCAUGAGUGAAAUGGUGUGGUGUGAAGCUUCGUGGGGCGGGGAGGUGUUUCCACUGCAGCCCGUGAGGUUAAUCACGUAUUCGAAGUCCCAUCUUUCAUAGCAUAACCUAGACGGGUUAUGGAUCUCCUAAGGGGGAUCGGGAUCAGGAAUCCUGGGAGAGCAGCGUUCCCUUGACCCCUGACCCCACGUUCCCGCCAACACGAGUGCAGGGGCGCGCGCCGCCGCCAGGGGGCGCAAAGGAGUGUGUGGCGGUGCCUGUGGCAGUGCCCAUGGCGUCCCUAGAGGGUCCCCGCAGGGGCUUCUUCCUGGGCCUCCUGCUGUGGCUCCAGCUGGCUCAGCCCGUGCUCAGUGGGGGUUACCGAAACAACGAGGCUUCUGGGGUGACCGUGCUGAGCCCAGAGCCCCCGGGACCCCUGGCACCACGGAAAUCUGUGAGGAUCCCGGAAGUCACUGCAGCUCCGGUCAGGUCAGCACCCACAGGACAACAGGACUUGGAGCAGGCUGGGACGUCUCCAGCUGUGGAGCUGUUUCCUCGAGCGUGCGGCAAUAGAACCAUGAAGAUAGUGGGUGGAGCGCCGGCCCCUGAGAGGAGGUGGCCCUGGCAGGUGAGCCUGCAGUCAAAGGGUGACCACGUGUGCGGAGGCUCUCUCAUCUCCAGCCGGUGGGUCCUGACUGCCGCCCACUGCAUAUUAGGUUAUGAGGACUACACGGUGAAGCUGGGAGGCCACAGCUUGCGCCCUCCAUCCACAAAUUCAGUCAUGGUUCCUGUUCGGGACAUUGUUAUCCAUCAAGAAUUUAACUCUGUUUCGAUGAGUCAUGACCUCGCGCUUGCGCUGCUGGCCUUCUCUGUGAAUUUCUCCUUGUAUAUCCAGCCUGUGUGCUUACCUGAGAAGCUGGUGGACGUGGACAGUGGAACAGCAUGCUGGGUCACUGGAUGGGGACGACUGGCACCAAACUCGUGGAUGCCAUCACCAAUGGAGCUUCAGGAGGUGGAGCAAGACAUUAUUCCCUAUAACAUCUGUAAUGCGCAGUUCCAGAAGGAAUUAGGAUUGUCAAGCAACAUAGUGCGAAAAGGGAUGAUCUGUGGCUACCGACACAAGGGCAAAAGUCCAUGCUGGGGUGAUUCCGGAGGCCCUCUGGUCUGUGAAUUCAACGAGACAUGGAUUCAGGUGGGGAUUGUGAGCUGGGGCAUUGCCUGUGGUAAAACUUUCCUUCCUGCAGUUUACACGCAGGUUAGUGAGUACAGAGACUGGAUAAAGACCAUCUUAAGCCAGGCUCCGUGCGUGCAUUCCGUGGGGGUCUGCAUGGUGCUCCUGGGCCUGGUGCUGCUGCUGGCCGUGCCGGUGACCCGGUGACCUCCUCUGCCCACUCCCUCCUGCUUCCCAGCCCCCACUUCCGUGCCCCCAGCAUCCUCCCCUUCCUUCUCCGUGUCUGCCUCAGACUCUGGGAUGCACUGAUGCCAGAGCUCCACACGGCAGUGCUGCGGGAGACUGUGGUCUGCAGAGUAUCCCCGGCUAUUGCUCUGGUCUCUUGCCUCGGCCAGGCCUGAUCCAGAGUCCGCUUCCGCCCCCCGUUUGUUACCUGCAUGCUCCUGGGAAUGAUAUUUCUGGUGUGAAGGGGGUGCUGAAGGGGUCUCUGCUAGACCAGACGAGCUACCUGGUGUAGCUGAAUGACCGAUCCACAUCGUGCAGAGCGCCUGCUAAAGUCACGCCAGCCUCAGAGCUGGCUGGUUUCAGGGCUCUCACCUGAGACUCAGUCAAACCAGUCAGCUUGGUCAUGCUGAGCUCGCAAAGAAGGCAUUGUCUGGUUCCUGUCGAGGUGCGACGCCCUGAUCUCCAUGUCUGGCUCAGUUGUCUGGGGCUGGGGCAGGUUUCCCUGCACCCCCGUGUGGACCCACCUUCCAGUGAAGAGGCUCAGCCACCCCGGCCCUCUCUGCGCAACCUAGUCUGGCACCCUUCCUCAGCGCCCCCAUGGCUGCAUCCGGGGAUGCCCUGCACUGUGGCGAGGCCGUUGUGGAACGUGGAGAUCUCAGAUGGUAACUGAAUAAAUGUCGGGAAUACGCUCUGUGUGUUCUGAAGCUUUGCUUCCCUGGGGUUGCCUGUGACAGUCUUCGUAUUGUUUUCUCAGGUAGGUAAGGAAGUCAUUUAUGGUUCUUAUUAAGCUGUAGAUGGA